AUGCCCAAAAAGAAAAUUAUGCCUGACCUCUCUAAAGAGGAGAAGAUGGUGAUCGUGAUUUCCGAGAUAAUCCAAGAGCUUCAGGCGGCACACCGUCAGGGCAAAGAUGUUAACCUCAACAAGAUGAAAACGAGGAUAUCCUCCAAGUACGGUAUGGAUACGUCGCCUCGUCUAGUGGAUAUUAUUGCUGCUGUGCCGUCUGAUGCUAAGAGCUACUUGUUGCCCAAGUUAAAAGCCAAGCCCAUACGUACUGCAUCUGGUAUAGCGGUGGUAGCAGUUAUGUGCAAACCCCAUCGUUGUCCUCACAUAAAUUUUACUGGAAACAUUUGUGUGUACUGCCCGGGUGGUCCGGAUUCCGAUUUUGAAUACUCUACACAAAGUUACACAGGCUAUGAGCCGACAUCCAUGCGUGCUAUAAGGGCCAGGUAUAAUCCGUACUUACAAACCCGUCACAGAGUUGAGCAGUUGAAGCAACUUGGUCAUAGUGUUGAUAAGGUGGAGUUUAUUGUGAUGGGUGGGACUUUUAUGAGUCUUCCGGAAGAUUAUCGUGACUACUUCAUAAGGAAUCUUCAUGAUGCUCUUUCUGGCCACACAUCAAGUAAUGUUGCUGAAGCCGUAAAAUAUUCUGAAAAGGCCAAAACUAAAUGCAUUGGUAUCACUAUUGAAACCAGACCUGACUAUUGUCUUCAAAGACACAUGAGUGAUAUGCUCAAUUAUGGAUGUACAAGGUUGGAGAUUGGGGUGCAAUCUGUCUAUGAGGACAUUGCAAGAGACACAAACAGAGGUCACACUGUCAAAGCUGUAUGUGAAAACUUUAAUUUAGCUAAGGAUGCUGGUUUUAAGAUUGUGGCUCAUAUGAUGCCUGACCUACCCAACGUUGAUUUAGACCGAGAUGUGGAACAGUUUAAAGAAUUCUUUGAAAACCCAGCAUUUAGAGCUGAUGGUCUAAAGAUUUACCCAACUUUGGUCAUCCGCGGUACUGGGCUGUAUGAAUUGUGGAAGACUGGAAGGUAUAAGAGUUAUCCUCCUUCAACACUGGUGGAUUUGAUUGCUAAGAUAUUGGCUUUGGUGCCUCCAUGGACAAGAGUGUACAGAGUACAACGCGACAUUCCAAUGCCUCUCGUAUCAUCAGGUGUAGAACAUGGCAAUUUGAGAGAACUAGCCCUGCAAAGAAUGGCUGAUCUGGGGACGGAUUGUAGAGAUGUGAGGACCAGAGAGGUUGGCAUUCAAGAGAUACACAAUAAAGUCAGGCCGUAUGAAGUGGAACUAGUGAGACGCGACUAUGUAGCCAAUGGUGGUUGGGAGACAUUUCUGUCAUAUGAGGACCCCGACCAGGAUAUUUUAGUGGGGCUACUCCGCUUGAGGAAAUGCGGUAAAGAUACUUACAGGCCGGAAUUGAAGCCGGGACCUGAUUCAAUCUUUAAGCAGUGCAGUAUUGUCAGGGAGUUGCACGUCUACGGAUCUGUGGUGCCGGUGAACGCUCGGGACCCAACUAAAUUCCAACAUCAAGGUUUCGGAAUGCUGUUAAUGGAAGAAGCUGAGAGAAUAGCUUUAGAGGAACACGGUUCUGAUAAAAUGGCUGUUAUUUCUGGAGUCGGAACUCGCAACUAUUAUGCCAAGAUUGGAUAUCAUCUUGAAGGGCCAUAUAUGGUCAAGAUGCUAGCUUAA